CAGCGACCGUCGCACGGCUCGCAUAUCGUCUUGUUUUUCAUUAUUUAUUUGUGGCAGUUGUAUUUGUUAAAGAGUUAACAUGCAGCUGCUGCUUCUGCUGGUGGCCAGUGCCUUACUGUGCUUAGUCGCCGCCAACCCCGCUGUCUACAACUAUUAUCGCCUGCCAAGCUCGUUGCGUCCGCAGAAAUAUAAUUUGCGCAUUCUCACCCAUUUGGAUGACGAGAAAGCCUUGCGCUUCGAGGGCACGGUUAAGAUAAGGAUGGAAGUGCUUAAGAAUACCAACAACAUUACUUUGCACUCUAAGAAUCUGACUAUAGAUGAAGCCCAGAUCAAACUUAGCGAUACCAAGAACGCUAAGCAAGCCAAUUGCAUUACGAAAACCGAGAGUAAUCCUCAUCAUGAUUACUAUGUCAUGCACACUUGCCAGGAGCUGAAGGCCGGUGCUAUCUAUGAGUUAACCAUGCCCUUUGAGGCGGAGCUCAAUCGACAAUUGGAGGGUUAUUAUAGAAGUUCCUACAAAGAUCCUACAACCAAUAAAAACAGAUGGCUGUCCAUAACGCAAUUCGAGCCCGCAUCGGCACGACUAGCCUUCCCCUGCUUCGAUGAGCCCGAAUACAAAGCACCAUUUGUAGUUACACUCGGUUACCACAAGCGGUUCACUGGCCUCAGCAACAUGCCCGUUAAGGUAAUCAAGCCAAACGAUAAACUUACGGACUAUGUUUGGUGUGAAUUUGAGGAGUCUGUGCCUAUGUCGACCUACUUGAUAGCCUAUUCGGUGAAUGAGUUUGCGUUUAAGCCCACAACGCUGCCAAACAGCACGCUCUUCCGCACCUGGGCACGACCCAAUGCCAUUGAACAAUGCGAUUAUGCAGCUGAGUUUGGACCCCAAGUCUUGCAGUACUAUGAGCAAUUGUUCGGCAUCAAAUUUCCGCUACCCAAGAUUGAUCAAAUCGCUAUUCCGGACUUUAGUGCAGGCGCCAUGGAGAACUGGGGUCUCGUCACCUAUCGUGAAAUUGCCUUGCUCUAUUCCUCAGCUCACUCUGCGCUGGCGGACAAGCAGCGUGUCGCUUCUGUGGUAGCACAUGAGUUGGCGCAUCAAUGGUUUGGCAAUCUGGUAACAAUGAAGUGGUGGACAGACUUGUGGCUUAAUGAAGGUUUCGCCACAUAUGUGGCAAGCCUGGGUGUGGAGAAUAUCAAUCCGCAGUGGCGUUCAAUGGAGCAGGAAUCACUGGGAAAUCUGUUGACCAUUUUCAAGAAGGAUGCCUUGGAGACCAGUCAUCCCAUAUCUAGGCCCAUUGAGAUGGUUUCAGAGAUAUCCGAAAGCUUCGAUCAGAUUUCGUAUCAGAAGGGCUCAACUGUACUGCGCAUGAUGCACAUGUUCCUGGGCGAUGAUUCUUUCCGUGGCGGACUUCAAAACUAUUUGCAAAAGUUUUCCUAUAAUAAUGCCGAGCAGGAUAAUCUGUGGGAGUCGCUGACUGAAGCGGCGCACAAAUAUCGCGCUUUGCCCAAGAGUUAUGAUAUCAAGACUAUUAUGGACUCCUGGACACUGCAAACAGGCUAUCCCAUCAUCAACAUUACCCGUGACUACGCGGCAGGCAACGCUAAGCUAACCCAGGAGCGUUAUCUGCUUAACACGCAAAUUGCACGUGCAUCACUUGGUGGCUGCUGGUGGGUGCCACUAAGCUAUACCAUCCAAUCGGAGCAGGACUUUAACAACACCGCACCCAAGGCUUGGAUGGAGUGUGGCAAGGCUGGUGAAAAAUUGCCCAAGACAAUUAGCGGUUUGCCUGGCAAGGAUCAGUGGAUAAUCUUCAAUACGCAGCUGUCCACGCUCUACAAGGUCAACUAUGAUGAGAACAACUGGAAGUUGCUUAUAGAAACGCUAACCAAUGGCGAGUUCGAGCGCAUACAUGUCAUUAACCGAGCUCAGCUCAUUGACGAUGCGCUGUUCUUGGCCUGGACGGGCGAACAGGACUAUGAAAUAGCAAUGAGUCUGGUGCAGUACUUGCAGCGAGAGCGGGAAUAUAUACCUUGGAAGGCGGCUUUUGAGAACUUGAAGCGCUUGAAACAUAUUAUACGACAGACGCCCAACUAUGAUUUCUUUAAGCGAUAUAUUAAGAAAUUGGUAACGCCCAUCUAUAGACAUCUGAAUGGCAUGAACGACACCUUCACCAGCAUCCAGCAGCAGGAUCAGGUGCUGCUAAAGACGCUUGUUGCCAGCUGGGCGUGCCUAUAUAAGGUGGACGAUUGUGUGCCUGUGGCCGUCGAUUACUAUCGUGCUUGGCGUGCUGAAGCCACACCAGAUCAGAAGAACCCCGUGCCCAUCAACUUGAGACAGACGGUUUACUGCACAGCCAUACGCAAUGGCGAUGACGCCGACUGGCAAUUCUUGUGGAUGCGCUAUAAGAACUCCAAUGUGGCGGCUGAGAAACGUACAAUGAUGGCUGCCCUGGGCUGCUCCAUGCAGGUCUGGCAGUUGCAGCGCUACUUGGAGCUGACAUUCAAGCCGGAGGAGGGCAUACGCAGACAGGAUUCAAUGUGGGCCUUCCAGGCGGUGGCGUACAAUGAGAUUGGCUUCCACUUGGCCAGAGAUUACUUUAUGGACAAUGUGGACUUUAUCUACAAUUUCUAUCAUCCCAUUAUUAAGGACAUGUCGCGCCUCUUGCCCGCUUUCUCCGAUCAGAUCUUUACGCAAGCCGAUUAUGAACAUUUCAGAGACUUUGUUAUGAACAAGCGCAGCUCACUCAAGGGCCUGGAGCAGGCCAUGCAACAAACGCUGGAGACUAUGUUGGUGAAUGUGCAAUGGAAGGAGCGUAACUAUCGCAAGAUAUCGCGCUCAAUUGAGGAUUUGCUUGAUUAAAUUGCAUCUCCAAUAAAAUUUACAAUUACUAUGCAUUCAAGGAAGCUCACAUUAGCUCAUUUCAAAUAAAAUGUAUUAACUUUAGUAUCUCAAUAUUUUAAAAUGAAGAAUGUCGCACUACACGGAACUACACAAGAAAUAAAUAAUUGUAAACUUCCUGGUUAUAAGUAGGAGCUAAAUAAAAUAAUCCUAAUAAAAU